AGACAGCAUGUUUUCUAUUUCCACUGCACCGGCGAAGCAGUCGGUCGGUGAGACCAUCACCGUUCUGAGCGGUCGGCUGAGCUCAGCCACGCUCCUUGAAGAUCGUCGUGCUGCUAUACUCGGCUUGCGCAGCUUUGCAAAGGACUUCCCUGCCUCUGUCGCCUCUGGAGCUCUUCGCAGUCUAAUAGGCAGCCUGAGCAAAGAUGCCGAAGAUGUCGACACUGUCAAGUCCGGAGGCCUCGGAGGAGAUUGCUCUGUGGCUUGCUGACGAAUUCACACAGCGCCAGGAGAACAUCACUCUCCUUCUAGAUUUCCUCGACUCCACCGACUUCUACACGAGGCUGUACUCACUCCAGCUGCUAGCUGCCAUCCUUUCUGCCCGAACCGAGCGUACAGAAGAAUGCAUUUUCACUGCCCCUCUGGGAGUAUCUCGCCUUGUCGCUGUGCUAGAUGACAGCCGCGAGGCCGUCAGAAACGAAGCAAUCACACUCCUCACCUUUCUCACACCCUCGUCGACCGAUAUUCAGAAACUCGUGGCAUUCGAGAAUGCCUUUGAUCGACUCUUUGGCAUCAUUUCUGCAGAAGGUUCCCUUCCCGAAGGGGAUCGUGUCGUGGAGGACUGCCUGAUUCUAGUCGCAAACCUGCUCAGGAGGAACCCAUCAAAUCAGUCCCUGUUCCGCGAAUCGGGCGGCAUCCAUCGUUUGUCUAUUUUACUAGAAGGUGCAGAGAAGGCUCAGCGGGUGGGCGCAGAGAUUGCAGCGUGGGCGCAGGCCCAGCGUGACCGGAACAUAUACGCGCUUCUGGCUGUCGUUCGUCUGUUUCUAGUAGCAGGGGCUGUGGGGACGCCGCAGAACCAGCUUGCCUUUUGGCAGCAUGGCUUGCUGUUCCACGCCCUACAACUGGCCUUCAGCCAUGUAGCCCAGCUUCCAAUCAAGGCCGAGGCUCUAGUAACCUGCGCCGACAUCAUCAAGGGCAACCCGAGCCUCCAAGAAGGUUUCGCGCAGCUUGAAGUCCCGUCUCCUCUCGAAUCGCCUUCAUCAGCUGGAUCGGGGCAAGCCAACGGCGCCGUCAAGGUUUAUGUGAUUGAUGGUCUCUUGGACCUCACCCUCAGCGUUCAGGAUCUGGAGGCGUUCGAUUUACGUUUAGCCGCGUGCGAUUGUCUCAAGGCUUACUUCUACAAUCAUGCAGACAUUCGCUUACAUUUCCUGCGGAGAGCGAUUGAGGGACAUGACAUGGGAGCUGACGAGACGGCCAAUGUCCUAACGGUGCUUUUGCGGCCUUCUUCAGACGCAGCCGUCGCUAAUCCUUACCGAAGUUGGUUUGCGUCCACAAUCAUGAUGCACCUGAUUUUUGAUAAUCCAAAGGCCAAAAACUUGGUCAUGGCUGUCUCAGAAGGCGAUGCUGAAAGCGGAGAGGAAGUUGUCACGAGUAUCCAGACUAUUGCUGCUCAUUUGAUAUCCGGCUUGAACCGGGACGAGGAUAGCCGGGUUGUCGUUGGCUACCUCAUGCUGCUCCUUUGCUGGCUGUUUGAGGAUUUGGAUGCGGUCAACGACUUUCUUGGAGAAGGGGCGAAUACUCAAAGCCUUAUACAGGCAGUGAACCAUCCAUAUGCGACUGGCGACCUUGUUCAGGGUCUUUGCGCGAUGCUGCUGGGCGUUCUAUAUGAGUUCUCGACAAAAGACUCACCCAUUCCCCGAGCUGACCUUCAUUCUAUUCUUAUUUCUCGGAUGGGCCGCGAACGAUACAUCGACAAGCUGUCUAAGUUGAGAAGCGACCCGCUGGUUAGGGAUUUUGAGGUUAUUCCUCAAAAUCUUAGUAAUUCCGGAUUAGGCAGUCUGCCAGAUGUCUAUUUUGACUUGACAUUCAUCGACUUCUUCAAGGACAACUACAGCCGAAUAUUGCGUGGUAUCGAUCGAGAUCCCGGCUUGGAAAUUUCCGUGGUCAAGAAUGGUGUCCAGACGGGGGUGUCCAGAGAACUUGUAGACUCACUACGAAGUCAAUUAGCUGAAAAGCAGCAAGCUUUACAAGAGGCUCAAGUCAGCUUAGAGACGGUCAGUCGACAACUCGGCCAGGAACAAGCCGACCAUAGGCGAACUCGGGAGACGACUGCUAUGGAAUUGGCCAGAAUCAAUCAAGUCAAUGAGGGAAUGCAAAGACAACACGACGCAGAGCUACGGUAAGUCUCGACAAUUAGUUUUCAGUGAUGUCACUCACGAAUCAAUUCUGUUAGGAAUCUGCAAAGUAAAAUCACAAACCUUCAGGAAGAACACAGAAAACAGGUUGAGCAGACAAACCGCAAGGUUGAAUCUCAAAAUGCGGCCCUGGAACAGCAAUACAGCAAGCGAUUAGAGGAGGAUCAGCGAAGAACAGCCACUCACGUCGCAGCUCUCGAGCAACAGAACAAGAGACAACUUGAGGAAGUACAGAGAAACACAGCUUC